AUGUCUUGGGACGACGAAGAUUUCGAUAUCCCAACUGCCUCGAAAAAUCAACCAGCCACUACCUCUUGGGAUGACGAGUUUGGUGCUGCUGGCGAUGACAAUGACGAAGCGCUUCUAGAGUCUUGGGAUGCAGAAGAGACCGAAAAACCAGCGGCUGCCAAAAAGGCAUCUGCUCGUCCUAAAAAAGAUGACAAAAAGAAGGACAAUGGUCCGGUACUCUUGGAGAUAGACACAAUGGACGAAAAGACCAGGAAAGAGCUGCUUAAAAAAGCAGAAGUUGAAGCUGAUUUGAAGAACGCAGCUUCUUUGUUCGAAGGUUUGGGUGUCGCUGACGAGCACCCACGGGCCAAAGCAUUGCGCAAGGAACAGGAAGAGGAAGCACUCUUACGUCCCGCAAGCUUCACAAAGGACACGCCCAUUGAAUCACAUCCAUUGUUUACGUCUGCAGAAACCAAGAAAGACUUCCAAGAGCUUAGAAAGGCUGUGGCAACUGCCGUCACGUCCAUGAACGAAAAAUCGCAACUUAACUACUCAUCUGGUUUGGCCAUCGACCUUAUCAGAGACGUGGCUGCGCCAAUGAACGUCGAGUCCAUCAGACAAACAAUUGCAACGCUGAAUGUUUUGAUGAAGGACAAGGAAAGACAGGAAAGACAGGCCCGUUUGGCCAAAGUCAGAGGCGGCACUGCCACCGGUGGUGCUGGUAAGAAGAAGGCCAAAGCUGCGAAAGCCAAUCUGGGAGGUGCUUUUAAGAAAGAUCAAGACUUCGACCUCGAGAAGGGUGAAUUCGACGAUUUUGCCGAUGACGACUUCAUGUAA